AUCUCACAGAAAUCCCUUCAGUUGCCUCCACAAUUUGCAUUGCUAGAAGGCUAGAGACAUAUUUCUUCUCCUACUCUUCUUUCCCCCCAAAAAAGAUAGCUAAUGGUCUGGGAUGUGGUGCAGUCCUACCCUGCUUCCCAGCAAGACUCAUCCAUGCUUGCUCAGGGAACCUUUUUCUUCUCCUGAUAUUAGACAACUUUUGUAACAGAACAAUGUAUUUGCUUUGUAGGAUUUGCUAGCUCCUCUCCUUAAGACAGACAGAACUUGGCAGAAGACCAAAGGGUUCCUUCCGAUCUCUCAGAGGCUUCCUGAGAGCACAGAUGGAUGAGCGAGACUCAGCUGGCCCUGAAGCAGGAAGAGGCCAUGCCAACCAAACUGGGAGCAGUGGGGGAUUCUGGGAAAACUCUGUGCAGAAGAUCCUGGGUGAGGAGGACACCCUUCCCUCAGAGGUGCAGAGCCAGCAGGUGAGGCAGUUCUGCUGCCAGGAGGCCAAAGGACCCCGAGAGGUUUGCAGCCGACUCUACCACCUUUGCCACCAAUGGCUGAAGCCGGAAAGGCACACAAAAGCUGAGAUGCUGGACCUGGUGAUCUUGGAGCAGUUCCUGGCUGUCCUUCCCCUGGAGAUGGAGAGCUGGGUGAGGGAAUGUGGAGCGGAGACCAGUUCCCAGGCGGUGGCCCUGGCCGAAGGUUUCCUCCUGAGUCAGGCAGAGGAGAGAAAGCAGGGAAAGGAUCUCUUUGCAGAAAUGGACCUGGAUUCCUGUGAGGCAGAGAGGCCUCUGUUGGACACCAGAGAGCGACCACUGGGUGACAGAAGGAUGCCGGCAAGACUUCCUGAUCCAUCUUUUCAUGGGGGCAGAAGGGAAGCAGCGGCUGUGGAACCAGAUCAGGGUCCAGUGUGCUUUGAAGAUGUCGCUGUUCGUUUCACGGAUGAGGAGUGGGCAUUGCUGGAUCCUGACCAGAGAGCUCUGCAUAAGGACGUCAUGGAGGAGACUCGUGGGAUCGUGGCCUCUCUUGAUUGUGAUGAAUCAGAAAUCAAGAAGGAAGGUGACCACGAUAAAAUCCCCAGAGAGGAGAACCCACUCCAAAAAUUUGGAUUGUGGAGAAAGCUG